UACAAGAAGAGGCAAGAAAGACGCGGCAACAGCGAUAUUCAAUCUUUGCAUAUACCAGGGGAAUAAGUCAAGAGCGGUUAAAGGUGGUAUUGUCAAUCCUCUGACGAGAUUGCUGAAAGAUGCAGGUGGUGGGAUGGUGGAUGAAGCCUUGGCGAUUCUUGCGAUUCUUUCGACGAACCAAGAAGGGAAAACAGCGAUAGCUGAAGCGGAAUCGAUCCCGGUUUUGGUUGAGAUUAUCAGGACAGGGUCACCUAGGAACAGGGAGAACGCUGCAGCGAUACUUUGGUAUCUUUGUAUUGGGAAUAUGGAGAGGUUGAAUGUAGCGAGAGAGGUUGGUGCAGAUGUUGCCUUGAAGGAACUUACUGAGAAUGGAACUGAUAGAGCAAAGAGGAAAGCUGGGAGCUUGUUGGAGCUUAUUCAGCAAAUUGAAGGCGUUGCAGCAUCUACUGUUGAAUGA